AUGUUUCGACAAAGGACAAGUUCGCAAAAGCCCGGCGAAGACCUGCUCGCCAACUUCCGACAGCAGUUUCCCCAAGUAUCGACUGCGGGAUCGUCGACGUUGGCAGCCACGCAAACCACAGGAGCGCCCGACAAUACUCUUCUCGUCGCUGGCGCGGCCCAGUUGGAGAGACGCCAGAGCCUGAAUCAAGAUGCAUUUCGUGAUCAGGAUCCAACGCCUCGCGCAUCUGCGGAGCCAUGGCGCUUCACGCCGUCGCUACUCGAUCCAAACUCCUUUUCCUUCUCGGCAUUCGCCAAUCAGCCCCCGGGCUAUUACACGCCUACGCCCGGUGGAACCAACACCAUCUAUCACCCUCAGGCUGGCGACCUGCACACGCCCACAUUGAGCCUCGGCAUGGGAUUGGGCACUCCUCUGUCCAUGCCCACGAGCGAGGGUGCCAUGCAUUCUGGAGCGCCCAUGAUGGACCUUGGACACUUCCACCAGCACCAAGGCAUGCCGCCGCAUCACUUUCAACAUUUCAACCCAUUCGUCCAGGCUGCGCCGCCGCAGGCCUCGUAUGCCCCUUCUUCAUUUGUGCAUCAGGACACUGGCUAUGAGACCAUGGAUCAGGAUGGCUCGCCAUUGGACUCGGACUCGCGCGACGGCAGACUUGGAUCACUGGACGCGGCAUUCCACUCUCAGUCACCUCCCAUGAUGGGUUUUCAGCCCACCCAUUUUGGUAUGGCUCUGGGCCAUGGCAUGCCGUCCUCGGCCGAAAAGUUUCGUUACCAUGCGACCUUGAACGCUCCCACGGCCAUGAUCAAGCAGGCCGAUGAGAUACCCGUGACAUACCUCAACAAGGGUCAAGCCUACUCUCUGUCUGUUGUAGACACUGGUGCAGUACUCCCACUUGCUCCUGGGACUCGAUAUAGAACCUUUGUGCGCGUAUCUUUCGAGGACGAUCAACAGCGGCAGAAGCCUGGGGUUUGUUGGAGUCUCUGGAAGGAGGGACGGGGCACCAACGAAGCGCACCAGCGAGGGGGCAAGUUGCAGGCUGUUGAAUACGUCGAGGCUGGGCAACCAGCCGAGGGUGAUGACAAGAGGACGCGGAUUGAGCUGGACACGGCUUCCUUUGACGGUUUCUCUGUAAUUUGGACUCCCGGCGCAAACGGAGGGGCCGAGUGCAACAUUGCCGUCAGGUUCAACUUUCUUUCAACCGACUUUAGCCAUUCCAAGGGUGUCAAGGGUAUUCCGGUUCGACUGUGCGCCAAGACUGUUCCGUUUCCCGCUGGCAGCACUUCACCAACAUCAGACGCUGGCGCCGAGAUCUGUUACUGCAAGGUCAAGCUCUUCCGGGACCAUGGUGCCGAGCGCAAACUGGCCAAUGAUGUUGCUCACGUCAAAAAGACAAUCGACAAGCUCAAGCAACAGAUAGCGCAGGCCGAGAGUGGUAUGAAGGAUUUUGGCAAGAGAAAGCGAGGCUCCACUUCUCAAGCAAAAUCACAGGAUGCCCAGCGCCCUGGAAAGGUUCAAAAGCACAAGAGAACAUGGUCCAUGUCCUCGGCCAGUUCGGCAGGAGGGGGCACUGGAGGCGGUGGUGGUCGGCCGUCCUUGGAGGAUGAUCUACAUUUCAAACUUCAAACCUUGCAAGACAUGUUUACGAGUACACGACCCGUGAGCAUCUUGUACUUGAGGGGAGAGGACCUCGACGAUCCCGAUUUGCACCCAGUGACUCUGGCAGGAGAACCUACCGAUCUCACCAAGGUCGAAUCGAAGGACAGCGCCGCCUGGCGGAGUGGAAGGAGCUCUGUAGCUGGCUCUUCGCUCGUCUCUCCGUCGCCGAGCAACAUGUCGCUGCAGUCGCAGGCAUCGGUUGCGCCCAAGGCGCAGUGGAACGACUUUUCUGCUUCUGGAGAGACUUCAGCAGCACCGCUUGACCAACCUACCAAGGUCAAUAAAAUCGACGAGGCUGGAAACUUGAGUGGUUGGAUCGAAGCCCUCGGUGUUGACCAAUCCUACCGACCGCCCGCGGAUCGGUCGCCCAAACCCGUCGCAUGCUUUUAUAUUGCUCGUCGCCAAGCUUCUGCGGACAAGAAGGAAUUGCACCGAGCCAUCUAUCUACACAAGAGGAGUCUAGCAGAAUUUGCGACUCGCAUCGCAGCAAAGUGGAGCCUUGAUUUCAACAAAAUUGUUCGCACAGUGCAUGCUCUGGAGAGCGGCCUGGACGUUGAAAUGGACGACGACGUGAUUGAAGCUCUUUCCGAAGGCCAGGACAUGCUCUUGGACGUGGUUGAGGUCGAGACAAAAGUUCCUCAACCAAAGCGAGAAUGGGAAAUGGCAGUGGACGAACCCGAGGAGGAAACAUCGUCGGCCCACAGCGUGCUGCGUACGACAAUCGGCUACGAACUGCGACUUACUUUCUAA